CUGUAGAGGUCUUGUGACUAAACACUGUUUUGAAACCUUUGCUCCUUUUUUAAGAGUCAAACUGAAAACAAAAGCCUCCAGCUCACUGAGAAUUGCUGCACUAUCGCACAUUCCUCUGAAAAACAAACACAUUGCAGCAUUUCAAUCUGCGAGAGACAAAACUGACAUUCUCAUGAAAUCAGUAAAAAAGCUUCCUGUUUUCCUCUGGGCCAGUUUGUAGCUUCAGUCCUCCAUGCAGCAGGUCAUCAGCGUGUGGGUUCGAGAUCCACGCAUCCAAAAGAAUGACUUUUGGCAUGCUUAUAUGGACUAUGAAGUUUGUUUGCAUACGAACAGCGUGUUCUUCACUAAGAAGAUCUCAAGAGUGCGAAGGAGGUUCAGUGAGUUUGUGUGGCUUCGACAAAGGCUUCAAGCAAACUCCAUGCUGAUGGCGCAAGUGCCCCAGCUUCCCCCGAAGAACCCCUUUUUCAGCUUGAACAACGCACAACAGAUCUCUGACCGCAUGGCGGGCCUCCAGAGCUUCUUGGAACAGAUCCUCAAGAGCCCGCUGCUCCUGUCGGACAGCUGCCUGCACCUUUUCUUGCAGUCGCAGCUCAGCGUGGCCAAGAUGGAGGCCUGCGCCGCGGGAAGAACGCGCUACUCUGUAGCUGAGGCGGUGCAGUGUUGCAGUGUCAGGAGGUUUCUGUCCCUAGAGGACUUGCAGAAGGAUGCAACCUUGUCCGGCAACUCUGACUCAGACAUCUUCGAGUGCAUAAGCAAGGCAUCAUCUGAUCACAUGCGGACCGAGCAGGAGCCAAGUGUCUGUUGUUCCUCUGAUUCUCUAUGAUGUCAUGAUCCUUAAAGUGUAUCUCUGGGAGUGAACUGUUACCGCGUGUACUUUUUACUCUUUUCAUUGUGACAUACGUGUGUAACGCAUGUAAAGUAAGAGGUAAUCGCUCUGGGAAACAAAAUAUUUAUUUUAGGUCUCGCAGCUGUUUUUUUGUGUGUUAAUCCAAAACGGAUCCCAGUUAUUUCUCUAACAUGUCAAGUUUAUUUGAACUAUAGAUGUCCAUGUUCUUUAAAAAUAUGAAAAACCACUAUACAUAUGUAUGUUUUUUUGUUUUUUUUUUAGUUAAAAAGAAAAGAAAAAAAAGAUAGGCUAUGUCUAGUUCUGGACAUAAGUAGUGUAGAAUUAAACUUCACUUGCUAGGGGGAAAAAACUGACCUUAAUUAUUAUAUUAGCAUGGCAAGUUUAGUGCUAAUCAGUUUAAAAAUCUUAACUCAACGGAUUUUAUUUCCCAAAUUGUUGCCCAGUGCAUCUAUUCAAUAUGUUGUUUACAUGUAAAGUAUGCUAAUAGAGCCAGAAGGUGGCAGUAUUGUAACAUCCUUCUAUUUCUUGCAAGUGCAGCAACAACUGUAGCAUGUUAUCUAUAUUUAGUUAAUAAUAAACAAAUGUAUCCCAUAUCACAGUCAUUCAGUGGGCUGACUUCCAGAUAUGGAAACGCACGUCUCACAGUGACUGCUUUUAUUAACUUAUUCACUGCAGUGUACAGUGAUUGACAUCAAAUCAAUUUGAAUUGAUAAGGCUUGCAAUGAAUGAUGAUUGUCGGCCCUCCUUGUCAAAAUGGAUUUGAUGUUUAUUGCCAUCAAUGGCAAGUUCAUAAGCAGUGACAAGCUUGUCAUGUAUGGAGCAGACAUGGCUGCUACUGCUAUGUCAGGUUGGAGGUAUUGUAUUUGAAUAAGGCUGAACUCUAUGCAUAAUGAUUCUACAUGUGAAGAAAGUACUACUACAGUGAGCAGCAGCAUGCUAAUGCAGAGGUAAUGAACACUAAACAGCUAGGAUGAGGCUUAUGUGACGUAUCUCUAGAGCUAAUGAGGUGAACUCAUUACCCAUUCAGAGCAGGCACAGACACAAAGAGUGUUGCGAGGAAUUAGUAGGAGGGGGUCGGCGCCUAGUUAGAACACGCUGGGGUGUGACGAGCUCCUCUGUCGUUCUGUCAAAAUCCCAUGUUUCAGGUUUUUCUGGGUUUGCAUAGAUCACGGGUGUCAAACUCAAGUCCGUGGGCCAGAUCUGGCCUGGCAUAUCAUUUUGUUUAGCCCACAAAUGCAAAUCAUGAAGCUCGGCCUCAUACUCCGUGCCAAAAAUACAUAACUGCAGAUUUUCAUCUGUUUUAAAAACAUUGAGAUAUUUCAAAUAUCUAUUUCACCAAUCCCGAUUCUAAAAAUACAGGGUGAUUGAAAAGGACCACCCAAUUUCAAAAAUAUUUUAUAAUUUAUUCAAAUGUCGUAAUCUUGUUCUCAAUUUUUUUGUGUGUGUCCCUUGA